AUGGAUGCUAUGAAACUAGAUGGCGUACAGUCUCUCUCGCUGGAGUUCAACUCGUACGCCGAGACAGUGAUUUCGAUGCUGCGGGACAGGAGCUCCGGCCUGACGGACGCCAAGUUGCUGAAGCACCUCCAGAACGUGUGCAUCGUGUACGCGUGCUUGGCGGUCAAGCGCAACGCCGGGAUUGUCUCCACACAGGCCAAGCAUGCGGCAGCGGUGCAGGGGUACAAGGACAUCGCUGUCCCUGGCUUCUUCAAGUGGCUCCAGGAACCACUUGGACAAGGAGGAUUUCUUCUCCUUGCAGCCGUGGCUCACGUUCGAGGUCAUGGAAGACGUCCAUGGAGGGAGGCAAGACACAACCAACACGGANGACAUGCUCUACGUAGGGUGUAAGGUGUAUGGUCCGGCCAAAGUUUGUUUGUAGGUUGCAGUCAGGCCACGACGGGCGCUGCUGCAGCAGCAGGAGGAACCAACAUGCUGCUGUAGGAUACCUUGUCACCGCCCAUCAUUUGAGCGGCAACCACAGGAUGCAACCCGACCCCAGUGUACCAGUCUGUGCGUAGCCUUUCGAGCCUCAGUUGUAUGGCAACCGAGGCCCGCCCAUUUCCUGGAGCAGCNCCGUCUUGAAGGAGAGGGACUGGGUGCGAGUGUGUACCUGACCCUCUGCGUCUUCAUGAUGUCCUGUUGAAAAUGAAAUGCUCUGCGUAGGGUGUGGGGUAUAUGGUCCGGCCAAAAGUUUUUAGGUUGCAGUCAGGCCACGAUGGGCUGCUGCAGCAGCAAGAGGAACCAACAUGCUGCUGUAGGAUACCUUGUCACCGCCCGUCAUUUGAGCGGCAACCACAGGAUGCAACCCGACACCAGUGUACCAGUCUGUUCGUAGCCUUUCGAGCCUCAGUUGUAUGGCAACCGAGGCCCGCCCAUUUCCUGGAGCAGCACCGUAAAUGACACAAGAUACCACACCCCCUUGACCGAUAUUCAAAGCUCGAUUACUCCACGACAAAGAGGAUGCACGAACGGAACGGUGCAUUUUCGGAAAGCUCUCGAUGAGACAGCUUCAACGCCGCCAUUGUUGUCACUGUGACUCCUUUUGCUGUUGAGGAAUGGGCCUUUGAAAAUCGGUCCAGGGGUGUGGUAUCUUGUGUCAUUUGUGGUAGUCUUAUUGAGAGGCAUGGAAAGCAAUGUUUGUAGUCUACAGCACGUCAUCCAGCAGUAGAUUUGCUCUCAAGAAUAGUAGUCGGUUUUACGAGAGUAAUAAUCAGUGAUGUUGCGUAUGUUUCUGUAGAAAACACCCACAUGCGCCCGUGUCUGGUGUGUUGUCGUGAGCAUCGAACGCGGUGCCUAGCGGUUUGAUGUCCUUGUUUUUUGUCCGCACACCAAUGGGAAUUGCCGCACUACAUUCAAAUUUCGAAAUGUCACGUGCCCCGAUCACCAUACAUGUACUACGCGGACAACAGCAGUGUUGAACAAAUGCCCAAUCGCGUUACGAGCUGCCUUUGGCGGCAACUUGCUGGCGUUUCCCCCCUCCCCCUUCAAAAAAGCAACAUAACACUACGGGUGGGAACAGCUUUAGAGAUAGGUGGCCCCAGGGCAUACAACAUGUUGCGAAGUAAAUAUAGUAGAGCCAUCCCCCACCGUUUAUCCCCCCGAUCAUCUAAACUACGCAUGCAAGUUGUCGCGGUGAGACACACAAUACACAACGAUACACUCAUGUCAGAUUUAUUGUUGCACUGUCCGCACCAAGUCAAAACUGUGGUCACAAACCCUUGUGCUUUUCGCAGUGUGUCGUUUUGCUCUCGGUACGGUGACCCUCUCCCUGGUCGGCCUACUCUAAAACGGUGACGGAACUCAUGUGCAUGUGGCACACCGGUGCUGUGUCGCUUUGGCCGAUUGGCAUGACUCCCGGCACAAUAUUCUAAACCUCAGCGAAAUAUACAGUGGUGUGUAUUGUUGACAUAGUUUCCGCGCCACGGCCCUUCGAAAUACGUU